AUGUCUGGGAAAUUCAAUGGAUUCACGCAAGAAGACAUCUCCAGGCUCACCAGCAGGAGUGUCCACAGACCAGCUGAGAAGAAUGUCCAUCAGAGCAGAAUACGAAAGCUGGGAGAGGCCAAGCCGGUCAGGAGUGCUUCCAAUGGACACGAGGAAGUGCACAAGAACGAGAGCGACACAACUGAGAGCACAAUAGAGCGAAUUGAGGAGGAGAUUCACUUCAAGCCGCUUGAGACGCCGCAAGCUGAAGUGAGCGUCGUGGUUCCGGAAGAUGGGGAGAAACAGGGCGAGGAAACUGGCCAACCUUCUCCAUUUAGGGGCGUUUCGCUGCGGGAGUUCGAGGCACAGCGGAAGCUGAUGGAGGAGCACAACAAGCAGAAGCAGGAUUUGCUCUACAAAGCAAUAGAACAGCAUUCUGAGCGCACAGCGGCCGAGGCGAAGAAGCUGAAGGAAGUGAAGCAGGAAUUGAGCAAACUGGACGCCGAGCUGGCGGCGGAUGUCGCGAUCCUGAGGAAGCAAAUUGAAACUGCCACAAUUCAGUAUGCGAACACACAGAAGCAGUAUCAACAAAUCGAGGCGAUGUUCCUCAAGGCCAAGAUGGAACUUUAUCAGGCGUCGGAGAAGAAGGAACUCCUGACAGAGCAUUUAUGUACAAUCAUCGCGCACAAAGAGGAUCGCAAGGCGAAAAGAUUGACGGAGUUGAUGGAGAAAGUGGGCCUCCAUUCUCCAGAAGAUCCCUCGUCGUAG